AUGGAAUACUACGCGAAGAAGGCAGACACGAAGCCAAUUGCCGUCCAUCAUGUCCUCGCUGACUUAUGCCAACAACUUGAUAUUGGUUCUGUGCCGGAAGAGGACUCGGAAGUGGAGACAGAGAAGACAGACAUCACAAUAUUUGAAAGCGUUAUAAGCGGCAAUAACGCCACAGGAGAUGUCGAUUCCACAGAACAUCCCACCGACUCAGACGGCGAAGCUAUAAGCCACGUUUAUCUCACAAGCAAGUCAUGGAACGUGACUGUAGGCGACCCCUUCCACGGGAUAUGCAUAGAUUCCGCCGCUCAAAGGUCUGUCGUUGGUGUUGAGCAAGCCAAGGCGUACUGCAGCUUGUUCAAUGUCCCAUUCAGCCCUUCAGCAUCAAAUGCCAGGAACAUUUUCAGCUUUGGGACGCACAAACAUGUCGGGCUUGGUUUGUUGACAGUGCGAGUCCCAAUAGCACCAACGCACUUCAUUUCACUCUCGGUGGAAGUUGUAGAUACCAAUGUUCCCUUUCUCCUUGGACUGGACAACAUGGAGAAAUACAAGAUGGUACUUGACACGGAUAAGUGCAUUCUAUCUUCAAAGCUUGAAGGAUGGCAGAUACGCCUUUGGAAGAAACGUGGCCACCUGUACUAUGUGUGGGGGCCGAACAUAUUAUUUACGGAAUCCGAACUCAUGAAAGUACACAGACACUUUCAUCACCCUUAUUCUGAGCGCCUUUACUCCGUAAUGAGCCGUGCUGAACCCGAUAAGACAUCACCGGAAGUACUCAGGACCUUGAAGCGAAUCAGCUCUACGUGCGACCUUUGUCAACGUCGCAGUCGGGCCCCUCAUCGUUUCAGAGUUUCAUUACCUGAUGCGGAUGUCGUGUUCAAUCGAACCUUAUGUUUGGAUCUUAUGUAUCUGGAUAACACACCAGUAUUGCAUGUUGUGGACAAGGAGACAAAGUUCUCUGCAGCUGCAUUCCUCGGAAAGGAGACUGCCGAGGCAACUUGGAACACAUUCAUGAACAUUUGGGUUUGUGUGUACAUCGGUUUUCCCGACGCGACGGCAACAGAUCAGCAACCACAGUUCAAGUUAGAACGAUGGAAGACACUCUUGCUGUUGGCGGGAAUCAAACACUUCCAGUCCGGAGUGCAGAGCUACAACGCUUUGGGCGUUGGAGAGCGAUACCAUGCCUUUCUGAGGGAUAUAUAUCGCAAAGUUCGACUCGAACACCCAGGGAUUGAAAGGAGUCACUGUCUCUCGUUGUCAUUAAAAGCAAUGAAUGACACAGCAGGAUAUCAUGGUUUGGUACCUACGCUCCUUGCGUUUGGCGCGAUGCAAAGGAUACCAAUUGUUCCUAUGGACCUGCCCGCACAGAUGGACCGUAUGAAAGCAAUGGAAUCCGCGCGAAAGGAGAUGGCGUCUUUCAUGGCCAAGGAACGAAUAUCUAGGGCCGUGCGCAUGAAAGUCCCAUCCGAAGCGGACAAUGAUAUCGUAAUAGGCUCCCGUGUACUUAUCUAUCGAGAAAAGCCGGAGGACCAAUGGACUGGACCAUAUCUUGUUCUUGAUGUCAAAGACAAGAUUGUAACGAUUCAGGUCGAAGGAAAGAUUAUGAACGUAUCAAUCGACAAAGUUAAAUCGUACAACAGCCCUCCUGUGAUCCCAGAAAUAACACCGACUGCAGUGAAUAACGACGAUUCAUAUAACUUCUCUGCCGACAAUGAAGAUGUGAUAAGGGAUAUUGACACGAUACUUGAAAGAAUCAGGGGGACUCCUCCUCCAACAACCAACGGGUCUAGCGACGCCAUUCGACAGGAUGAACAUAUGCCGGUAGCCACCCCAGACAUGCUCACGAGAAAUGAGAUCCCGUCGAUAACGCAAGCACUCAUGACACAGGUCAUUGAUCAAAGCGACAUCGCUACAACAUCAUCGAAUUCGACUCGAAUCAUCGUGUCGGUAUCGGCGAUCAAAGGAUUUCGCCUCUUCUCUCAUGACGUGAGACAAGCCUACCUCCAAAGCGAGGACAAACUGACACGGAAGGUAUUUCUCCUCCAAAAAAGGACAGACCUGAAGUAUUUUGGUCUUGGUGAGGAGGACAUACUCGAACUUCUUAAACCUACAUAUGGCAUGACAGACGGAGUUACAGUUGACCAGCUUACCAAACUUUCUCUUAAGAAGUUUGACUCAAAAGAACGACUUUGGGAUAAUUUUGAGUUCUUCGGAACCUCUACCAAAACCCAUCCAGACUGCUCGUUCUCAGCUACACAGAAAGAGUAUACAAAGAAGCUUAAUCCUAUACCAAUGGACGCAUCAAUUGCACGUUUUAGGUCUUACCGGUCCGUUCUUGCUUGGAUUGGCUACACACGUCCGGACGCUCUCUGUGCCAUUAACAAAGCCGCACAAGUAACGGAGAAGACUUUCGGGACGGAAAAACUAAAAGCUUUCAAUUGCACGGUUAAACAUCUGAAGGGGACACAUAGCAGGUGUUUAACUUUCUUCCCAUUGAAAAAAGAUUCUCUUCACAUGAGGGUUUACACUGAUGCUUCUUUUGCCGGAAACGAUGAUCUUUCAUCACAACUCGGGUUCAUAAUUUUGCUAUGUGAUAGUUCAGAUCGUGCUCACUUACUGGAGUAUUCAAGCAGAAAGUCGAAAAGAGUGGUCAGGUCUAUUCUAGGAGGAGAGGUAUACGCUUUUGCAUCCGGUUUUGACCGCGCCUUUAUUCUGAGACAUGAUUUGGAGACAAUUUUUAAAGUGAAGAUCCCACUUCAUAUGCUGACCGACUCACUUCAGAUGUUUGAUGUGAUUACCAAAGGUUCGUCAACGACUGAGAAAAGGCUCAUGAUAGACAUAGCGUCAGCUAGGGAAUGCUAUAAUCGACAAGAAAUCUCGCACGUAGUCCUUGUUUCGUCGGAACACAACAUAGCAGACGGUCUCACAAAGGAAACCCCUAACAAUGCCCUUGAGAACCUGAUGAAUAGUGAUUAUGACCGCAAUCCGGUGAAGAAGUGGAUUCAUCGUGUAGUGCACUGA